UGUGUAUCUAGGGAAAGACAAGAUAUGACAGAACCAGACUUUGGGGCCCAAUAAUAUCUAAGAUGACACGUGGCUAUUUCCCACCGCAAGUCAGUAUGCAGUGCCGCCCAACUACGUCGUUUCACUCUCCUCUACAUGGGCUUUCGCGCCUCACAUUAUAAUUAGCAGUCACCAAGCAAGCUGUACUUUCCUUUCCUCGGAUAUCCUUUUCGUAUGCAUUCAGGUCUCUGUCUCCCCUACCAAAUGGCCGGGACUUCCACAAGGAUCUCAAUUCCGGGUUUUGUCCUGGAUAAACCCCGGAAUAGUUCGGCUAUCGUACCCAGGCAAGUGGGUUUUGGAAGAACUACACUGCCACAGGCAUCGUCAUCAUGGUUUGUUGGUAGAAAGACAAGAAGGUUUUGCGGGAUUGUUAACAGUAAGUCUCGAGAAGGGUCUUCGUCUUCUUCUUCGGCUGUGGAGGAUGAUGAAGGUGACAAAAAUGCUGUCUUGCUUGGGACAGAGAAGGAUGAAUCUGGCGCUGUUGUUGGAUUUCGAUUGAUUCCUGAUUCUGGUAAUGCAAAGGUCAAUGAACCCCAUGCAACGGUUUCUAUUGAUAAAAAGAAAGCAGAUCCAUCCGACUCAACCGCAGAUUCCAGAUUUCCCCGGGUCACUUUCAAUAUCAUUUUCGUUACAUCUGAGGCAGCUCCAUACUCCAAAACAGGGGGCUUGGGAGAUGUUUGUGGCUCUUUGCCAAUAGCUUUAGCUGCACGGGGACACCGUGUGAUGGUUGUUAGUCCUAGAUACUUGGAUGGAGGUGCUUCUGAUAAGAGAUUUUCCAAUGCAGUUCCAGUUAGGGAGCCUAUCAAAGUUUACUGCGCUGGUGGCGUACAAGAAGUUUCCUUUUACCAUGAAUACAGGGAAGGGGUUGACUGGGUAUUUGUUGAUCAUCCUUCAUAUCAUAGACCUGGAACGCCUUACGGUGAUCAAUUUGGUGCUUUUGGUGACAAUCAGUUCCGAUUCACUUUGCUUUGUCACGCUGCAUGUGAAGCUCCCCUAGUGCUUCCAUUAGGAGGGUUCACUUAUGGAGAGAAAUGCAUUUUCCUCGCUAACGAUUGGCAUGCUGGUUUGGUUCCUGUACUUCUUGCAGCCAAGUAUCGUCCACAUGGUGUUUACAAGGAUGCUCGUAGUAUUGUAGUUAUACAUAACCUUGCACAUCAGGGAGUAGAGCCUGCAGCCACUUAUGAUAACUUAGGGUUGCCUCCAGAUUGGUAUGGCGCUGUGGGAUGGAUCUUUCCAACCUGGGCAAGAACUCAUGCCCUGGAUACUGGUGAAGCUGUGAAUGUCUUGAAAGGGGCAAUUGUGACUGCAGACAGAAUCUUGACAGUCAGCCAGGGUUACUCUUGGGAAAUUACUACUGUGGAAGGUGGAUAUGGGUUGGAUGAACUUCUCAGUAGUAGAAAAACAGUUCUCAAUGGGAUUACAAAUGGUAUUGACAUGUGCGAGUGGGAUCCUUCUUCUGACGUGCAUAUUCCUUCUCAUUACUCCCUUGAUGACCUUUCGGGGAAGGUUAAGUGCAAGAUUGCAUUGCAGGAGGAAUUAGGUCUUCCUGUUCGAGCUGAUUGCCCCUUGAUUGGGUUUGUUGGGAGAUUGGACUACCAGAAAGGUAUUGACAUUCUACUGUCUGCUACUCCAGAACUUAUGCAAGAAGAUGUCCAAUUUGUGAUGCUUGGAUCUGGGGAGAGGCAAUAUGAAGAUUGGAUGCGGCAAUUAGAGUCGCAAUAUAAGGAGAAGUAUAGGGGUUGGGUUGGAUUCAAUGUUCCUAUCUCACAUAGAAUAACUGCAGGAUGUGACAUACUAGUGAUGCCUUCAAGAUUUGAACCAUGUGGGUUGAACCAGUUGUAUGCAAUGAGAUAUGGGACUGUCCCUGUCGUUCACAAAACCGGAGGUCUUAGGGACACAGUUGAAAAUUUCAAUCCGUAUGCUCGAGAAGGCAGGGGCGAGGGAACUGGGUACGUAACUUGUUCUUAGAAACUUCCAUAGCUGUGACAUUAUUCUUAUCAAAGAUUCUAGAAGCUCUUAUGUUUUGGAUUCUGCAAGAAUAUGGAUGCUUAUCAUUAAUUCCCCUAAUCUAUUGUAAUGCCCUUUUUACUUGCUGUAUAACAGUUGGGCGUUCUCUCCUCUAUCAAAAGAAAAUCUGCUAGCUGUAAGCCUCCCUUUACAUUGAAGUUCUUUUGAGCCGGUUCAGCAGUGCAAUUGCCGAUCCCACAUGCAUAUUUUUUUCCCUAUAUUUUGCAGGCACUAAAAGUAGCUACCGGAACGUACAGAGAAUACAAGUCAUCUUGGGAGGGAUUAAUGAAAAGGGGAAUGGAAAGGGACUACUCUUGGAACAACGCAGCAGUUCAAUACGAGCAAGUCUUCGAAUGGGCUUCCAUUGAUCCUCCUUAUGUGAAGUGAGAUACCAGGAGAACAGAUUAAGGAAGCACACACGCAGAAAGGGAAGGAAUUGUCCGGAAUUCUGGCAUGCAUUAUUUUGUACAGCACACAAGAAUUUUUAACGCAGAUGUUUCGGGGUUGACUAAUUAAGGUCUUUCUGUAAUUUGUUGUUACUUUCCUUAGCCUUAGAUGAUGACUGAAUUUCUGAGAGUUCAUUCGAACGUGUUGUUCUUAUAAAAAUUGUUGCCAACUUUGAUAAUGAAUGUUACUGUAUUUGAAAUGAACAAAAACAUGUGACAAAUAACCAUAGGUCCAUAUAAUAGUAUUUCUCUAGGUAUGCAUUACGUAUGAAAAGAUUAUUUAUUCCUAAAGUAGCG